AUGUCGUCCACCAGCAACGCCUCCAUUGACAAGUUCAACGGAGACAAUUACGCAACGUGGAGCCGGUACAUGCGCGGUGUGUUUUUGACGAAGUCCGUCUGGCACGUUGUCAACCGUGAAGUGACUCCGACUUUCACCGACCCGCGAGCGUCCGAUGGCUACGUCAAGGCAAGCAACGUCGCGUUUGGUAUGGUGCUGCUGCACAUGAACGCGGACUACCAUCAUGUGCUGGACAACUGCGAGGAAGCCUGGGUUGCGUGGACAAGUCUGAAGACGCUGUACGGUGGGUCGCAGAAGGCAGGACGCAUCUACCUCAAGCGACAACUUUUCAGUAUCAAGAUGGCUGAAGGCGCGAACGUCAUGCAUCACUGCAACGAGGUCCUCAACAUCUCCGCCAAGCUUAGCGGCAUCGGUGCGAAGAUGGAAGACGAAGACGUUGCAAUUUGUCUGCUACUCAGUCUUCCGAAGAGCUGCGAAAAUGUGGUGCUCAACAUGGAAAUGAGCAGCACCGAGCUUCGCACUCAAGAUGUGGUGAGAGUCCUGACGAAUGAGCAUGCCAAGCGUCAAGGAGAAAAAGGGACAACGACAGCGACUACGGUGAAGGCUGAAGAUGCAAGCAAGGCAUUCAGCGCCGAGCGUGAGCCCUACCAAUGCACGUAUUGUGGCAAGGUGGGACACACGGUGGAUCGUUGCUGGACAAAGCAGAAGAACGAAGGUCGGGGAGCCCGACGCGGCGGCAAUGGUCGUGGACGCGGGGCUAACAAUGUCCAGUGGGGACAUCAUGAUGAAGGCAAUGGCUACGAUCGAGUGGCGUUUGCAGUCUCGUUCGAAUGUGGAGUUUCGACGAGCAAGGACGUGUCUGGAAUGUGGGCCGUCGACAGUGGUGCAACGCACCACAUUUGCCACGACAAGACCAAGUUCGCAAGUUUGGCAGAGCGCAAUGAGGGCGAACUCUUGGUGGCUGAUGGCAACAAGGUGGCCAUCAAGGGUGUGGGAACCAUCAUGGAAAAGGUGGUUCUGCCCAACGGUGAAGAGCGUGAGAUCGAAAUCAAGAACGCGCUAUAUGUUCCAAGUAUGAGCAAGAACCUGCUCUCGGUGCCACAGAUUAACAGCCAUGGCAAGUUUCAAGUCGUUUUUGACGGGUCCAAGAUGUAUGUGACUCUCAAGAACUCACAGCAAGUGGUGGCGACAGCGGAUCUCGUGGAUGGACUCUACUGGCUUCGGACGACUCAACUAUCAGCGAAUGUGACAACAAGUGGAACCAGUUGUGCCGAUCUACAUGCGAGAAUGGGUCAUGCUCCAGUCGAUGUACUUCGCAAGCUGAUCGCGACCAACAUGAUCAAGGAUGUGCGAGUCCCUCUCAAAUCGGGUGGAGCAACUACAUGUCGAGGAUGUCAACAAGGGAAAAUGGUCCAAAACCAUUUCCAAGCAACCCGAGACAAGCGCAGCUACGAUAAGUGUGAGCUGCUUCAUCUGGACAUCUGUGGGUCCAUGGAAAACGAUUCGCUCGGUGGUAGCAGAUAUAUGCUACUGAUCGUAGACGAAGCCAGUGGAGUGGAUGCACGAAGGGCUUUUGUCUACGAGUGA